AUGGGAAAACCUGUUGAUCAAAUAUCCCGAGAUGAGUCCCAUGACCAUGGUUGCUAUCAUACUGACAGAAGUUUGAGCGGGAAAUUCAAACAACCAACAAUUUUAAAGGCACAAUACGGUUUUACCCCGUUUGUUGUAAUAAUGUCGCUUCCGAACGGUGUGGACGUUUCUCAAUUAGUGCAGCAUCCGGUCCUGGCCGCGCUGCCUCCGUUCUUCCUCCGAGCGUCGGAGAGAUACCAGAGAACGCCCAAAUGUGCCCGGUGUCGCAACCAUGGCGUCGUGUCAGCACUGAAGGGGCACAAGCGCUACUGCCGCUGGCGGGACUGUGUGUGCGCUAAAUGCACACUCAUCGCUGAGAGACAACGCGUUAUGGCUGCACAGAUUCUAUGUGGACGACGUGUUUAUAUAAUCCCUGUUCUCACCCAGGUGGCGCUUCGUCGCCAGCAGGCGCAAGAGGAGAACGAGGCGCGGGAAUUGAACCUGCUGUACGCACAACCAUCCGCACCACACUUUCCAGACUUACAGGAAGAUGCGCCAGUUCACAAACGAGCGCGCAUCACCGAGGUCUGCUCCAGUCCAUCGACACCAGAAAUGACGCAGGAGAGUAAAACACCGGCGCAGACUCCUCCUCUCUCCACCCCACCACCACGAUCCCCCUCAGAACAUGACCUGAACGUGGAAGAAGAACUUGACCACUCCGAACCGUCCUUAACACCAGAGAACCUAUCCAUGAAGGAGCAGAGACAAGAUGAAGUCAAAAAAGAAGAUGAAGAUAAAUGGGACCCUACCUUCAAGUACCGCCGUGCAAAAGAAGGACCAAUGUCCGAGCCAGAAGACGCUGUGCCCUUCCAGAAAUCCCCAGUUGACGUUCUAAUAAAGGUGUUCCCUAAACGUAGUCGACAGGAAAUUGAAACGAUCCUGGCAAGAUGCAAAGGAGAUGUGGUAGCUGCUAUGGAGAUGAUGGUGAAUGGACCCGAACAGUCCUACAGCCUGACCCCCGAGUCACCAUACAUGCAGAACUAUCAGUCCAGAUCUGCCUUUUCUCCGCUAUCGAAUCAGAGCUUCAAAUUUUCUCCGUCUAGAAGAUUUCUGACACCCCCCUACAGUGGUACGAGAUACAUGCCAACUGUGAUACGUCCUCCGCCAGAGUACUUAUCCUCUUUCCUGCCUCAUUCUGAACUGAUGUACGGCAGACAGUUGCAAGUACCUUCACCUGGAACUUCUCCGACAUCUGACAAUACGAAUAAUGAUGGAUUUUCCGAUUAG